AGUGCGUGCAAGCUCCUGAGGCAGCCGUACAACACAAGACAGAACCAGCCAUGAGCUCGGAACAUUCGGUUGAGGACAUGGAGGUGGAGAGCAAGGCCUUGGCCGCCAGAGGUGGCUCCACUACCCAGACGAGGUCGAAAAAUCGGCCCACGAGCCGAGCGGCCGACGGGAGCGACGACGACGACGACGGGCGGCGGCUCCGAAUGAGCACGUCAGGCGCUUCGCUGGCCAAGCCCGGCUCGUCAGGCAAUAUGUCGGUCUCGGACGGGCCGUCACGUGACCCUGACGAGCCGCAUGAUGUCGGCAUUUCUUCAGACGACGGCGCCGCGUCGUCGGCCUCGCCCCCGCCGGGCACCGCUCCGCCGCAUAUGACCCAGGGCCACCCUGACCACGGUCGCUCUGGGAGCGUGGGGAGCAGAGCAGACUCGGAGCAAGUAACUCCGCCCGAGGCUGCCGGCUCCAGUGACGGUGCUGCCGACGACGGCUCGGUCGUUGUUGUCUCGGCCCUCACCGCCGCCGACCAGGUGGUGGAGCUCGCGUACACAAACAUUGAGUUUGUCAACUCGGGCGCGUUUGGGGCUGUCUUCCGGGUCCGUCUGGUCGGAUCCGGCAAGGUCUGCGCCAUCAAAAAGGUGCCGCAGGACCCCAAGUUCAAGAACCGCGAGCUGCAGACCAUGCGCCACCUCGCCCACCCCAACCUCAUCGAGCUGCUGUACUACUUUUACUCGGAGGAUUCGUCGGGCGUCUCGCACCUCUGCCUCGUCAUGGACUACCUCCCGUCCACCGUCCACAAGCAGGCUCGUGCCUACCGCAAGCACCGUCUCCGCAUGCCGCUUUUCUGGGUCAAGCUCUGGACCUACCAGCUCCUCCGCGGCCUCGCCGCCAUCCACGCCUCGUCGCUCGUCCAUCGCGACGUCAAGCCGCAGAACCUGCUCGUCAACCGCCACACCGGCCUUCUCAAGCUCUGCGACUUUGGCACCGCAAAGAUCCUCACCGGCGACCAACCAUCGACCGCCUACGUUUGCUCGCGCUACUAUCGCGCGCCCGAACUCAUCCUCGGCGCCUCGCAUUACUCGGUCGCCGUCGACAUUUGGUCGGCUGGCUGCGUCCUCGGCGAGCUCCUUCUCCAGCGCCCGCUUUUCCGGGCCGCAACUCGGUCGACCAGCUCGUCGAGAUCAUCAAGGUCCUCGGCACCCAACGCCCGACGAGGUCGCCGUCAUGAACGCUGCAUAUCCGGAGCACAACUUUCCGUCGUCGCCCCUACCCCGCUCUCACGCGUCCUGCCCUCGCGCGUGCCACCGGCGGCCAUCGAUCUGCUCGGCCAACUACUGCAGUACACUCCGGCGCUUCGUCCGGCCUGCAUGGACGCCCUCGCCCAUCCGUUCUUCGACGAGCUCCGCGCUCCCGCCCCAGAGCUCGUCGAGUGCACACCCAUCCUCACCACCAUCUUUGACUUUACUGAGGCCGAGCGCGCUUGCCAUCCGCCCGAGCUUCUUGCCGCCAUCGCCGGCCAGCCCAUGCCGUCGCCGUAGUAGCCCCUGCCCGGAUGCGCUUGCCCCGCCGAGGUCACCCAGCCCG